AAAUGACGACACCGGUGAGGGUUCUCGGGCGGGGCCUGGGACAGGCAGCUCCGGGGUCCGCGGUUUCACAUCGGAAACAAAACAGCGGCUGGUCUGGAAGGAACCUGAACUGCGAGCGGCGGCGGCAACGGCGGCGGCGGCUGAGCGUAUACCUAAUCUGGGAGCCUGCAAGUGACAACAGCCUUUGAAGUCCUUAGACAGCUUGGCCUGGAGGAGAACACAUGAAAGAAAGAACCUCAAGAGGCUUUGUUUUCUGUGAAACAGUAUUUCUAUACAGUUGCUCCAAUGACAGAGUUACCUGCACCGUUGUCCUACUUCCAGAAUGCACAGAUGUCCGAGGACAACCACCUGAGCAAUACUGUACGUAGCCAGAAUGACAAUAGAGAACGGCAGGAGCACAACGACAGGCGGAGCCUUGGCCACCCUGAGCCAUUAUCUAAUGGACGACCCCAGGGUAACUCUCGGCAGGUGGUGGAGCAAGAUGAGGAAGAAGAUGAGGAGCUGACAUUGAAAUAUGGCGCCAAACAUGUGAUCAUGCUCUUUGUCCCCGUGACUCUCUGCAUGGUGGUGGUCGUGGCUACCAUCAAGUCAGUCAGCUUUUAUACCCGGAAGGAUGGGCAGCUAAUCUAUACCCCAUUCACAGAAGAUACCGAGACUGUGGGCCAGAGAGCCCUGCACUCAAUUCUGAAUGCGGCCAUCAUGAUCAGUGUCAUUGUUGUCAUGACUAUCCUCCUGGUGGUUCUGUAUAAAUACAGGUGCUAUAAGGUCAUCCAUGCCUGGCUUAUUAUAUCAUCUCUAUUGUUGCUGUUCUUUUUUUCAUUCAUUUAUUUGGGGGAAGUGUUUAAAACCUAUAACGUUGCUGUGGACUACAUUACUGUUGCACUCCUCAUCUGGAAUUUUGGUGUGGUGGGAAUGAUUUCCAUUCACUGGAAAGGUCCACUUCGACUCCAGCAGGCAUAUCUCAUUAUGAUUAGUGCCCUCAUGGCCCUGGUGUUUAUCAAGUACCUCCCUGAAUGGACUGCGUGGCUCAUCUUGGCUGUGAUUUCAGUAUAUGAUUUAGUGGCUGUUUUGUGUCCGAAAGGUCCACUUCGUAUGCUGGUUGAGACAGCUCAGGAGAGAAAUGAAACACUUUUUCCAGCUCUCAUUUACUCCUCAACAAUGGUGUGGUUGGUGAAUAUGGCAGAAGGAGACCCGGAAGCUCAAAGGAGAGUAUCCAAAAAUUCCAAAUAUAAUGCAGAAAGCACAGAAAGGGAGUCACAAGACACGGUUGCAGAGAAUGAUGAUGGCGGCUUCAGCGAGGAAUGGGAAGCCCAGAGGGACAGUCAUCUAGGGCCUCAUCGCUCUACACCUGAGUCACGAGCUGCUGUCCAGGAACUUUCCAGCAGCAUCCUUGCUGGUGAAGAUCCAGAGGAAAGGGGAGUAAAACUUGGAUUGGGAGAUUUCAUUUUCUACAGUGUUCUGGUUGGUAAAGCCUCAGCAACAGCCAGUGGAGACUGGAACACAACCAUAGCCUGUUUUGUAGCCAUAUUAAUUGGUUUGUGCCUUACAUUAUUACUCCUCGCCAUUUUCAAGAAAGCAUUGCCAGCUCUUCCAAUCUCCAUCACCUUUGGGCUUGUUUUCUACUUUGCCACAGAUUAUCUUGUACAGCCUUUUAUGGACCAAUUAGCAUUCCAUCAAUUUUAUAUCUAGCAUAUUUGCGGUUAGAAUCCCAUGGAUGUUUCUCCUUUGACUGUAACAAAAUCUGGGGAGGACAAAGGUGAUUUUCCUGUGUCCACAUCUAACAAAGUCAAGAUUCCCAGCUGGACUUCUGCAGCUUCCUUCCAAGUCUUCCUGACCACCUGCACUAUUGGACUUUGGAAGGAGGUGCCUAUAGAAAACAAUUUUGAACAUACUUCAUCGCAGUGGACUGUGUCCCUCGGUGCAGAAACUACCAGAUUUGAGGGACGAGGUCAAGGAGACAUGAUGGGCCCGGAAGUUGCUGUGCCCUGUCAGCAGCUUGACACUUGGUCACAGGAUGAUUUCGCCGACACUGCGGACUCUCAGGACUACCGUUACCAAGAGGUUAGGUGAAGUGGUUUAAACCAAACGGAACUCUUCAUCUUAAAUUACACGUUGAAAAUCAUCCCAAUAAUUCUGUAUUAACUGAAUUCUGAACUUUUCAGGAGGUUCUGUGAGGAAGAGCAGGCACCAGCAGCAGAAUGGAGAGGUGGGCGGGGGCUCCAGCUUCCCUUUGAUUUUUUGCUGCAGACUCAUCCUUUUUAAAUGAGACUUGUUUUCCCCCCUCUGUGAGUCAAGUCAAAUGUGUAGAUUGACUUUGGCAAUUCUUCUCAAGCACUGACACUCAUUACCAUCUGUGAUUGUCAUUUCUUCCCAAGGCCAGUCUGAACCUGAGGUUGCUUUAUCCUAAAAGUUUUAACCUCAGGUUCCAAAUUCAGUAAAUUUUGGAAAUAAUACAACUAUUUCUCAUCAAUUCUCUUAUCAUCUUGAAGUCAAAUUUGGAUUUUCCACCAAAUUCUGAAUUUGUAGACGUACUUGUAGGCUCACUUGCCCCAGAUGCCUCCUCUGUCCUCAUUCUUCUCUCACCCCCACACAAGCCGUCCUUUUCUACAGCCAGUAAGACAGCUCUGUCGUGGUAGGAGAUGGUCCCAUUAUUCUAGGGUUUUACUCUUUGUAUGAUGAAAAGAAUGUGUUAUGAAUCAGUGCUGUCAGACCUUCUUCCACAGCAAAUGAGAUGUAUGCCCAAAGACAGUGGAAUUAAAGAAGAGUAAAAUGGCUGUUGAAGCACUUUCUGUCCUGGUUUUUUGUUUUUGUUUUUGCUACACAGUAGGUCAGAAUUCGAACUAAUAGCCAAAAGCUGGUGAAUCAUGAACUAGUUGUAUCAACAGAAAGCAAGAGUUUGGGGAAAGCCAUAUUUAAUUUGGUGAACUGUGGGAGAACCUGGUGGCAGAAGGAGAACCAGCUGCCGAGGGGAAAGAGAAGGGGCCUCCAGCAGCGAAGGGGAUACAGUGAGCUAAUGAUGUCAAGGGGGAGUUUCAGGUUAUUCUCAUCAGCUCCACAAUGGGUGCUUUGUGGUCUCUGCCCGCGUUACCUUUCCUCUCAAUGUACCUUUGUGUGAACUGGGCAGUGGAGGUGCCUGCUGCACUUACCAUGGAGUUCAGGCUCUGGGCAGCUCAGUCAGGCAGAACACACAAACAGCCAUCAGCCUGUGGGCCCAGGGCACCUCUGGACCAAGCUUUGUGGGGCAAAACCUUCUUCACCACAGAGAGCCCGUAGCCAUGCUGAGCAGACCAUAGGCGUUUAUGAGAAACUUAGUUUCCUCCUGUGGCUGAGGAGGGGCCAGCUUUUUUCUCUUUUGCCUGGUGUUCUCCCUCCCAAUCUAUGAUAUGAUAUGACCUGGUUUGGGGUUCUCUUUGGCAUUUAGAAUAUUUGUUUUCUGUCCCAGGAUAUUUCUUAUAAGAACCUAACUUGAAGAGUAGUAUGCGAGUACUGAGCUGGGUUUAAAUUAAAAUUGGCUUAUAUUAGUCAGUCAAAGACAAGAAAAGUAAGAGCUAUACAAAGAAAGGGGGAUUUAAAGUAGUAGGUUCUAUCAUCUCAAUUCAUUUUUUUCCAUGAAACCCCCUUCUUCCAAGAUUCAUUCCUUCUCUCAGACAUGUGCCAGCAUGGGUAUUACUGUUGAGAAAGCACAGCUACAGCAAAGCCACCUGAAUAGCAAUUUGUGAUUGGAAGCAUUCUUGAGGGAUCCCUCAUCUAGAGUAGUUUACUUGUGUAAGGAUCCCAAAUGUGUUGCACCUUUCAUGAUAAGUUUCUUCUCUGAAGAGGGUACAUGGGGUGUGUGUGUUUAAAUCCAUCGUAUUACUGAUUGUCCUUGUAGAAAGAUGGCAGUUAUUCUGUCUCUUUCUCCAAGUUUGAGCCACAUCUCAGCCACGUGAUAAGACAGUGUACAGAGAACCUAUCUUUCCUUUUUUUUUUUUGUUUUUUAAGGACAGGAUUUUGCUGUGUUGCCCAGGCUAGACUUGAACUCCUGGGCUCAAGUAAUCUACCUCAGCCUUCUGAGUAGCUGAGACUGCAGCCCAUCUUAUUUCUUUAAAUCAUUCAUCUUAGGCAGAGAACUUUUUCAUCAAACAUUCUUUUUAGAAUUAGUCCAAUCAUUCCUAAAACAUCCAAAUGCUAGUCUUCCACCAUGAAAAAUAGAUUGUCACUGGAAAGAACAGUAGCAAUUUCCGUAAGGAUGUGCCUUCACUCACACAGGACAGGCGGUGGUUAUGGAGUCAGGCAAAACCAGCAAUAGAGUAUGACCAGCCAAGCCCAUAUGCCUAAUAAAAAGAAGGAAGACAGGAAGGAAGGUAGCCACUAAGAGUCUGGGUCUGACUGGGCUACCGAAUAAAGGGUAUUUAUGUACAGAAUGUCAUUACAUGCCUAUGGGAAUACCAGUCAUUUUUGGAAGAUUUGCAGAUUUUUCUUCAGAGAAGAAAGGCUCACUUUCCUGUUUUUGAUUCUCACUAGGUUAGUGUGUGGUCCUAGAAUCACAGCUCUGACUCCAAAUGAUUAAAUUUCUUAAUCAGAAAAAACAGAAGCUUUCUAAGCAACUUGGAAGAAAACAGUCAUAAGUAAGCAAUUUGUUGAUUUUACUACAGAAGCAACAACUGAAGAGGCAAUGUUUUUACUUUUAGGCUCCGGGAUUCCCAUAUUGUAGUCUCUGUACUUUUAAAAACCCUCCUUUUGCAAUAGAUGCCCAAACAGAUGAUGUUUAUUACUUUUUCUUUGGCCUCAAACAGUGUAGGUAUUCUUGAUAUAAUUUGUAGAAUGUGAAAUAUAAGUUUAACUACCAAAUAAGGUCUCCCAGGGUUAGAGUACUGCAGGAAGCCUUUGAUCCCAACCCCCAGGCUUUGUAUAUUUGAUCAUUUGUGAUCUAACCCUGGAAGAAAAAGAGCUCAGAAACCACUAUGAAAAGAUUUGUUCAGUGUUUGCUGUGAUCCCGUAGGUUCUGGAGUCUAAGAAUGUAAAGAUGAAUAAGAUAAAUUCUCAGAAUGUAGUUAAUAAUCUCUUGUUUUCUGGUAUAUGCCAUCUUUCUUCAACUUCUCUAAAAUAUUGGGUAUUUGUCAAUAAUCACUUUUAACAGUUACCUUUACUGAGGGCUUGUACAUUGAUGUUAUGAAAGUGACUUGAUUGAGAAGCCAAUCCAUUCAGCAAAGUACUCCUUUUUCUCUAAAUUUACUGUUAGACAUAAGGAACGGUUUGACCUGCCCUUCUCACCUCCAAGGGUAUUCUGAACAUUGAAUUUGGAAAGAGACUUGAAAAUUGUACAUUUGGUUUUGCCUUUGGGAUGGAAACUAUCAUAUAAUCAUUAUUAGUUUGAGCCUAGAAGUGAUCCUUGUGAUCCUCUCACCUCUUUAAAUUCCCACAACACAGGAGAUUAAAAACAGAGGUUUCAGCUCUUCAUAGUGCUUUGUGAAAUUGCUGGCCAGAGUGUACCAACAAGGCUGUCAUUGGGCUCAGAGCUCAGAGUCAUCCGCAUGUGAUCAUCUCCACAGUCCUCUCCUCUAACGGGAAACACCUCAGAUUUGCAUAUAUAAAAGCACCCUGGUGCUUAAAUGAACCCCUUUCUUGAACAUCAAAGCUGUCUCCCACAGCCUUGGGCAGCAGGGUGCCUCUUAGUGGAUGCUGGGUCCACCCUGGGCCCUGACAUGUGGUGGCAGCAUUUCCAGCUGGUCUGCGUAGCAGGGACGAUUUCCCAGAAAGCAGUUUUCCUUUUGAAAUACGUAAUUGUUGAAACAAGGCAGUUUCAAAAUCAACUGCCUAUAGUAGCACGUACAGGAUCGUCUUGUUUACGGUGCCCUUGGUGGUGCUGGGAUGAGGGCUUCAGCGGGAUCGUUUGCUCUCACAUGUUGUCUGGCUUCUGCUUCUGUGGACACUGCUUUGCACUUAAUUCAGACAGACUGUGAAUAUACCUUUUUUAUAAAUACCUUUCAAAUUCUUGGUAAGAUAUAAUUUUGAUAGCUGAUUGCAGAUUUUCUGUAUUUGUCAGAUUAAUAAAGACCGCAUGAAUCCA